AAAAAAAAUAAACCAAACUAAAGUGGAGAUAUAUACACUUUGGAUUUUUAAUUAAUAAACAACAUAAUUAUGUUUUCGAUUGGCAACAUUGUUAUCCUUUUACUAGUCUUCGGUACUAGUACUAUAUACGGUCAUGGCGGUUACGAUGUGGAUUACUAUUCACCUCCGAAGUACGCCUUUAAUUACGGGGUAGCUGAUCAUACCACAGGUGAUGUCAAGUCACAACAUGAAACUCGUGAUGGUGAUAUUGUGAAAGGACAAUAUUCUUUGGUGGAACCGGACGGUUCAGUGCGUACUGUUGAUUACACAGCUGAUCCUGUUAAUGGUUUUAAUGCUAUAGUUACAAAAUCUGGGCCCACGGUACAUGCUCAGACAGUUGUUGCCAAACCAGUGGCAAUAGCACCUAAACCUUUGGUAUCUUAUCAUCCUGUAAUAAAGAGUUUAACAGCUGCCCCUAUCGUGGUGGACUCGCCAAGACCUUACGACGCAGGCAUUGACACAUAUCGUAUGCUUAAGUUAUACAGACGUCAUGCCAGCUACUAUAAUGGCCAAAAGCUUAAAUUACGUCCAGAAAUCAAACACAAUACAAUUAAUUAUGCUGAUAAGGCGGCAUUUGAUUACGGCCUUGAUUAUCGGACAGCAACAACCUACGAUUAUUAAAAUUAAUUAAUGUGAGUGCUAUUGAAAUUUCUAAGCUUUAACGAAAAUUCGACCUUGUUUAUACGGAAUUGUUACACA